CCUCACCCGCACCCCCUUCCGAACACCGCAACAUUUCCCCUUUCCCCUUCGUUCCUCUCGCCCUCGCUCCAAAUCUCCGAUGCGACGGUCGUCGCGGCGUCCAGCUCCCGGGGCGGCGAAGCUGACGCGAGGUCGACGAGGGGAGGCGCGCGAGGAGGUCCGCGAGGAGGCGGCUGAAGACAUGGACGGCGACAAUCUGCAGGACAGUGAUCCAAAAAUGGAUGAUGAUGAAUCUUCCGAUGGGUCGUUUUCAACGCGCUUUUCAGCUAGCCGUUUGCGUGAGGUUGCAGAGAAGGAGCUGAAUGCUAACAAGAGGGCAGUGCUAGAGAAGUCGAGUUUUGGUUCGUUGUUGAAGAUCAGACCAUUUUCUGUACCUCUUGAGCUGAUUGACUGGGUAGUUAUGAGAAUUGACACUAAGCAUUCUUUGUUCAGCCAUAAAAAGAAGACUAUAUUGUUCACUAGAGACAUGGUGCAAAAAAAAAUUAAUGUCCCAUCCGGACCAAGGGUAGUGGAGCUGCUGAAGAGGAACGAACGUUGCGAGCUGCGCGACAUAUAUCGAGAAGGCACAAGGGCUCCAAUUAAGAAAUCCAUUUCUGUAAUCAAGAAAGCAUCGGAUAAUGAUGUUGUUACUUUAUAGAGGACUUGGGUUCUUUUAUGCCUUGCUCUCGUGCUAGUUCCUGGCACCGGCAACAUGGUCUCGUUGGACUACCUUGCUAGCUUGAAGGACUUGGAUGAACUAAAUGAGUUUGCGUGGGACGAGCAUGUGUUGGCAACUGCGUUGAGGGAGGCGAGGAAUUACCAACUAAAGAGGGAGGCUGGGGCAAGUGGCUUCUGGAUAGGGGGUUGUCUACCUAUGUUCGUGGUAUGCCAAACGCAAAUCAUUUUUGUCUAUGUUUUCAUUGGUUCAUAUUUUUGCUUUACUUUAUUUUAUUUUAUUCUGCUCGCAACAAUCAUAUGUACGAUACAACCUUCUGAUUUGUUUUCUUUUUCAAAAAUAUAUGUAGUUAAUUUACAUGGAUUUCCUGGAUGUGCCUCGGUCAUUGAUUAGUGAGGAGACGUUCAACUACUCGCUGCCCAGGGCUUGCUUUGUGUGCAAUGCAGAUUUUGAGCUUGUUAAAGAAUUUGACAGGAACAAGCUCACCCUCAAGAAGG